AUGGAUAGGAACAAAAAUAAUGGCAGUCACAAUCAAAGCUACAUCAACCCGCUACUCCUUCCCUCAAUUUCCCCAGUAUGUUCAUUGAAGUUCAUUGUAAUUUAUCUAUAGGAAAAGAUGUAUGUCAAGUAUAAGAAGCCUGAUUUUCUAAGCUGCUUUGUUUAGACCAAGAAGAUAAGAAACACCUAGAGAUAAUAAAGAGAUGUCGAAGAAAUCCAGAGAUCAAAUCGAUAUGGAAAUAAUAGCAACAAAAACAGUAUUAAGGUGAAUCUAAACUCUAGAAUAUUGGAUUUAAGCAUAGACAUUGAAAGGUCAAAUAAAAACCUAAAAAAGUAGAGAGCAGCAGAUUUGGGACUCUUGGGAGAUAAGGUAGAAAUGAAAAGCAACUUGAAGCGAUUGGUAAAUUUUGAGAAUAUCAUAGACUAGCUGAGCAACUAAAACAUAAGUGUAAAGGACUCAUUUUACAGAUCGAUGGCUCCCAGGUUCAAAUACGAUAUGUGGUAUUAGAACAAGAACAAUUAAACGCCAAAACUGGCGAACACCACUUUUGUUUUGGACUAGAGCUUUAAUGUCUUAAGUAACGGAAGAGCCUCAUUUGCGACGCCGAAGUACAACGGACUUAAAUUCGAGAAGUACCUGAGCAAGAGUCUCGGUGGAGCGAUGGGCAAACAGAAAAUAUCUACUCCUCUUUUCAAUAAUAAGAAAAGAGCAUUGUAGAAAGAUAAAGAUGAAGAAGUUAGGAUACAGGAGGAAAAGUCUAGUUUCGACAGAACUCUAUAUAACCUGUCCCCUGAUUUGGAAAUUAUGGAAAAGAAGCAGCAGGUACUUAUGGAGACACCCUUCAAGAACACCUCUUAAAGCUUUAAUCCCAAUAACUAUGGAAAUAUUAUCAUGAAUCCACCUGUUAAAUGA